CCUGGUUUCUAUCACAAAGGUCAGGUCCCUUUACACAGCUGACCUGGCUGUGGUUAAAGGCUGGGAUUUGGGGAGCCACAUUGAGGGGUAGAGUGUGGAAGUGGGGGGCACUGCGCUGCAGAGAGCUGGCUCUUUUGCUUGUAGUGCAGAAUUCUGCUUAUUAUCAUUUGCUCUGUCAAGGGCAUACCUCCCCGCUUUGCCUACUGUGGUCGGAUCUUACAAGGGGGCAAGGCCCUCACCUUGCCCUGCCCAGCUUGCCACCAUGCCCUUGGCAGCCUCUUAUGUCUUUGCCCAGGAACCCAGCCUCAUCUGCAUGGGACUCACCAUCAGCCCCCCACCUGCACCUUCCUCUCCAACCUGGGCUUGCUGCAGGAGGCCACCGGGCCCACCUGCCGCCAGAGACAUCCUUUCAUCUGCGAAUUUGGUGAGAGACCAGCUGGGCUGCCAGGGUGGGACCGUGACACCCUCACCCCACCCCAGCCCUGAGGACAGAGAUUGCUCCUCCUGACCCAGGAGGGGCUCCCUUUCAGGAUGGUCUUUUUUGCAGGUCCUGUGGAGGGAGGUGAAUGCCCAGUCAAAGUGGCCAGGAGUGCCAACAGCUUCAGGCCUUGGCAAAAACAGAAGGCUCAGCUGGUAGGUGAGGGUAGCCAGUUCUCUUCCCUCCAAGUCCAAAGCAAAUAGGCUUUCCCUCCUGCUGCCUGAAAUCAAACUCCAGCGGAUGCACUCCAGUGGAAGGCAGAGGAUGGGGGGGCAAUAAAAACAGCCUGUCUGCCACCUCUUAGCCACCCUCCAGACAAUUCUUUUGGGCAUGAUUCCUGGGCAAACUCCUAACAGGGAACCCUUUGCCCUGCCCCUCCCAAGAAAGCCUAUUGGGUGACAUAUCCUACCCGGCACAGUGGCACUGCUCUGUCCCACUCUUUUUUCUCUGUCUGCCACCAGGAUCUGACCUCCAUGGGGCGGAGGCCACAAAGGCUCAUGCGGCGGCAUCUGGGUGAUAAGCAGAAGUACCCAGGUGAUGUGGGGAUUUAUUGAUUUCUGAAAUAAUGCAUUGAAGAGUAGGUCAUCUGCAAUUAUAAGCAAUUGUGAGAGGCUGAUCAUCUUGGGUCAUUCUGCUCAUUUUAAUAAACCCUUUAAAUGCCCUAAAAUAAUAUUUGUGGGGCUGAAAGGGAUAUUUUAUCUUAUUUCACAUAGACCAGCUUUUCCAAAAGAUUGUAGAUGUCAGCACAACCAAAAGAUAUGCUUUCAAUCUGCCUGUACAGAAUUACAACUCCAACAUUUACCAAUGGUAUUUGUUUAAGCUGUGCCCAAGGGGCAAGGCACCCGUGAUUAAUGGUUUUUAACAAGUUUUAUUUCAGAUAAACUUUUAUUACCAUGUUCUACCUCUUCAAUGGAAAGAGCCUGAAGCAAUGCUCAGGAUGAAAAUAAGCAACUAUAAUAAUGUAAAACCAGGAAUAAACUAGUAGCCAAUGGAUCUCUUAUCAUGAGGCUGAUCCUUUUGCCGGUCAGGGCAGUGGUUUUCCCCUGAAAGGAAGCAGCUUGUUGUUGAAACAGGCCCACCGCAAGGAGUUUGUGUUUAUGGAGGCCAAAACGCCUGUUUCUGUGUAGGGGGACCCUGAGGGGAGAAAAGACUCUUGCUCAUACUUCUCCUUUUGCCUCCAGAGGCAUCAGCAAUCAGGGAGGCCUUGCAGGAUGUUGUUCCCAGGACCUGGCAGCAGGUAAAAGAGCCCCACUGGGAGGGAGUAUCUGGGGAGGGGACCCCCUUCAGCCCAGCCCCAUUGAGGCCCACAGCAGAGCCACCAACCUUCCUCUGGCUCAAGACAGCCAAUCUCUCUUCUGGUGGUUAGCACAGGCUUUAUGUAGGCCGGAAACCCCUUAUUCAGUGGUCUGCCUUUGCCUGCCAGCAUUUGAGCCCAAACUCCUGAUUCUGCCUGCAGGAGCUGCUCCAGCGACUGACACUGCCGGUGAACAAUGGUGCCUGGAGUGCCUCUGAGCUGGUAUGAUUGGGCCCAUGGGGAGGGCGGAUGCCCCAGAAGGGGCUGAGCCCCAACUCCAAAGGCUGUGUAGCUCCCAUGGGGAACCUGAAGAAAGAGUCAGGCCAAGUCCUGAGAGGAUCUUUCCUCCAAGAGAGGUGAUGGGGAACAUUUCAUGGAAGGAGUCGAGGCAUCCCCAUUAGUGCUGAGGGUCUUGGGCAAUGCAUGGGUAUGGAGGAACAUUAACAUUAUGUGCCUUUGCGUGCCAGGAAGAGGAGGUGGGAUUUCUUCAGGCUGUCAGUGAGGACCUGCUGAAAAGGAGGCCUCCAGCCUCCCCACACUGGCACCUCCUCAACCUCCUGGCAGUCCAUGGCACCAGCCGGCUCCUGCAGGUCAUUCUGGGCCCCUGCUCACCCAACGUCAACAUCCAGGUGAGGAUAUGCCACACUCCCGGGUGCCCUGAUGGGGAGGGACAGGCAGGUGCAUGGGUCCGUUCAUCCCAUAUUGCCCCAUCUUGGAUGGAGAUUGAGUCCCCAGUAACUGCCCACUUCUCCCUCCAGCAGCAUGAGGCCCUUACUGGCACCCUGAUGCAGAUCCUUCACAAGCUGGAGCAAGCUCUUCAGGAACUGGGGGGCAGCAGUGAUGCCAUCACCAUGGAGACGCCUCUCAUCAGCAUCUAUACACACAGGUAAGCUACCAGGCUUGCAGCCACUGGGUGACGGGGAAGGUAGGAAGCUUGACUGGUCUGGGAAGGGAAGGGAGAAAGAUCUUGGCAGGAAGUGUCCAAGGGAAAAGGCCUUGAGGUAGCCAUCUGCCCUUCCCUCAUCAUGGCAGCUGGCUCACAUUUGCCUGGCUGUCCUGCAGAUUGGCAACUCUCUUGGGGCACCCUGGUCCCAGGCACCAUCUGCUGUGCCCUGGCUCUAACCCGAAUUCUCUUUGUCUCCCUGGCUCAGGGUGAACUCUUCCAGGCUGGGCAAUAUGGCAUUCUCCUUCCCUGGCAACCCAUGGGCAGCCAGAGUCAUUUUGCCAGAGCAGUCUGCGCUGGGCUCCAUCAUGCCACAGAAUAUCCCAGUGGAUGUGCAGGUCAGAGGGAGCAGGAGUAUGUGGCUGGCCCUCUCCUUUGGACUGGGCACAGGGGCCUUCCCUUUCCAUGAAACAGAAACUCUCCUCUGCCAACUGCUGCUACCCCAGGAGGAGGAGGAAGGCAGAGAGCACCCAGCCAAGGAGUCGCUUGCUGUGCUGUGGGAUGCACUGGGGCCCAGCACUCAGAAGUGACUUGGCUCCUUCAGAUCAGCCUGACGAUGCACCCAGAGGCAUCUUCCCUCCCUCCCUCUUCUGGAGCCUCAUGCUUCUGGGUUGGACUCCAAACAUUUCAUGAAACCCCUUUGCCAACACCCCUGCAACCAAGGCCCCCUGACUUAGCCCUACUCAAUCUACCUACCCAGUGCUUCCGACAGUAAGCAGCCAUGUUUCCAAAAAUGGGCAGCAGAGCGUGAGGAGGCGGGGAGGAGCGUCCAGCCAUCCUGCCAAGUGUGGCCAUGUGGCCAAGCAGGCAUGGCUGGUGGGGCAGGCCCCCACAGCAGUGGCGCUGCCCUUUCUUCUUUUCUCCCUCUCUUUAGAUGGUGAGCUUCCUGGGCAGCCCCUUUCCCCCGAGCUCUGAGCAAGGGGUCACAGGAGCUGUAGCUGAACUCAACCUCCUUUCUGAGGGCAGCCAGAUCAGCGUUAGCAACCUGAGCACCCCUGUCCAGGUAUGUCCUGCCUAGAGACUUUGGGCUGAGUGGAGCCUUCCUCCCUGUAAGGGGGUGGACUAUUGAGCAUCUCCAAAGGGCAAGGACAGCCCUCCAGGAUCAUUUCUCAUGGCAGGAUCUCAUGGUGUGGAGAUAAGCUGGAUUAGCCACCAGGUAGGCCAGCCGCUUAGCCUGGGAGAGCCUUAGGGUCUGGUCUCUCUGUCAUCAACCUUCCCUCUCUCCCACCGCAGCUCACCUCCAUCAGUGAGGCUGCCUCUGCUCAGGGUGAGAGCCUGAGGCAGCUGCUCAUCUCACUGUGGUGGUGCAGUAGCAGCCAGUGACAUCCUGCUCUCUUUUCCCAUCCCAGAUUUUCCUGCCCUGGGUUGUGCCUUCAGCCCCUGCAGAGCCAGCUGCCUUCCUCUCUCCAGGGGAGGCCCUCCUUCUGACUGCGAACGUGACAUGGACAGGGGGAUCCCUGAUGAUCCACGCUCACCUGGACCCUGUGGGGCCUCUGGAGCUCUUCCUGCAGCCGAGCGAGCAACUCCGGGAGCCCAUUGAGCCCAACAUCGGCCUGGGUAUAUCAAGAGGACAGAAGAGCUGGCUUCUGCUUCCACUUUUGGCCUGGGGAGUGUGAGGACCUCUUCCUAAAAUGGUUUCCCUUUUGUGUUGCCCCCCGCCCCCAUCUCCUGCAGAUGGCUACACUUGGCUAGUGAAGGAGGAAGUUCUUCGUGACCUGAGAGGAGCCCUUCAGUUCCUGGUGGUGCCACUGAACCUCUCUGCCAGCCAGGGUCCUGCCACCUUACAUGUCAGCACCUAUGGGAUCCAGUGCGUCUCCCGGCACCUGCCUGAUGCCCAGUGGCAAGAGGCAGGCUGCAAGGUGAGUCUUGGCAUUCAAGAAACAAAGGGAAUCUGGGUACCUUGCGCCCCCUACUGCCGGAGGCAGGGAAGAAUCAGAAUCUGGUCCUUAAAAACACUUCUAUCCCAUUUCAAGACCAGACUGCCUGCUUCUUUAUUUAAAACAUCUGGAUCUCUGUUUUGUGAGAAAUAUCCAAGGUGAUCUGCUGCCCAGAAGCGCCCUUAAUCCCACCCUGUUUGCAGGUAGGAGAGAGCAGCAGCCUGGCGGAAGGCCACUGCCUCUGCACCCACCUCUCCUUCUUUGGCAGCAGCUUCUGGGUGGCGCCAGUCCAGCUGGAUGUGGUGCGCACAGCAGAGUACUUUAGCCAGGUGAACAAGAACCCAGUUCUGGUCGUGGUCCUGGGAGUCGUCUAUGCCCUCUACUUGGUGGGGGUGGCCUGGGCCCGCUGGUUGGAUACACGCCCCCUGCACCAGGUAAGUUGCUGGGGGGUGAGAGGGCCAGAGGUGGGGGGGGGGGGCGGUCUGGCAGCAAGCAGCACAAACUCACAGGCCCUUGGCAGCUCUUAGGUGGUGAUGCUCCCAGAAGGGCAGGUCAUGCAGCAACAGCCACCAUUUGGAGACUGAACUCUUGGAGGGUCUCCAGCUGCUCUCCCACGCCAUGUGGAGAGGAAAGGACUCUGAUCUCCUCACCCCCACCCCAAAAGGGUGUGGCUGGCUAGGGGCGGGGAAGGCUUCUUAUUUGCUACUAAUGGUCAUGACUGCAUUUUGCUCUCUAUAAACAUACAGCUGAGUGAGAUGCAGCUAACUCUGUUCUUUCUAAUGAUUCCAUGUGGAUUUAAGGUUUGCAUAUCUCUUCGCCAGCAAAUGAGAUCCCCUUAUUCUGGUCUUCACUGGGGCCAAGUGGGAAGGACAACUGUAUGUAUGGGGCCUCAGCGCUCUACUCUCCUGCGCUGCUCCGUAGCAGAGCAUGACCCUAGAAACGCCACCCUUCACACCCCUCUCCCUCUCCCAGGCAGGGCCAGUCCUCCUGUCCGAUGAUGAUCCCUGUGCCCAGUAUGGCUACCUGCUCCAGAUGUGCCUGCAUGGGCAGCAGAAGGCCCCCGGAGGCAGCCCCUGUGUGAGUGGUCUGCCCUGAGUGAUGGAGGGGGUGGGGUGCCUGGUCUUUGCCCCAGAGCUCACCCAGCCCUUUCAUCUCCAGCAGGUCUGCAUCUGCCUGCAGGGAUCGUCUGGUGUCAGCAAGCCUCGGCGCCUGCCCCUGGAUACCAGCCUCUUCCUCCUACGGGAGCCAUACCCAUUGGGAGAGCUCCAGAGCAUUUGGUUGUGGCAGGAGCCCCACUCUGCCCCACAGCUGCCCUGGUCAGUCUGCCCAGGAGCAGGGUGGGUGGGUGACAUCCCACUUGGAGACAUUGUGCUGGCAUGCGGGCACUGCCCACCUCCCAUGGCUUGGCUCUGGGGUGCCAGCCUGCCUCUGCUGGACAUGCCACAACUCUCCCUCUCUCUGAAUAGGGCAGAGGUGGUUAUUGUGUCAGGGUGCCCAUCCUCAGGCACCCUGAGGAGGUGGGGCUGGGGGGGGGGUCAGCAGCACACCUAGCACUCAUCCAGUAGGGAAGCCUCUUGCUUCUUCCUGAAAAGGACUUUCUUCUAAGUGGGGCACUAAGAGCACUCAUUACCCAUUCCCUUCCCUCAGGCAUAUCGCCCACAUCACAGUGCGAGACCUGCAGCAAAGUAGGAGGUUCCAUUUCUCUUGCCAGCCGUGGCACGUCCUAGCAGCAGGGGCCCCACACAGCACCGCCCAGCAUUUCCUAGCAGCUCCACAGCACCAGCUAACAGCAUUCUGGUAGGCUUACCAAGAGACGGGGGAGUCUAUUUUGGUGUCCUCAGCCCCCACCUGACCACUGUGCAUGAACUUAGCAGGGAUCUCCGAACUGCCUGCUCCCAGGCAGAGCUGGAGACUCCAGCUGUCUUCCUCCUCUGGCUCUCCCAUAGCCUGGCCUUGGGUCCUGCUCCCACCCACCCAUCUACCGAUCUCUCUGCAGGCCCAUCUUCCGGCAAAGGACCCUGAGCGGUCUUCGGGAGGAGCACACAGUGCUAACAGUGCUGCUGACCCGAACAGGCCACGGGCGGCCCGUCACCCGGGUCCAGGGCCUCUCCUGCGGCUUCUGCCUCCUCCUUUGCUCUGCCCUUGUCAGCCUCAUGUUCUGGGAGGUGCCCCACGAUUCACCCGAGCUCCUGAGUGUUGGUAAGGGUUGUUCCACAUGGGAUAUCUCCCAAGGGCCACUGGCAUAGAAAAGGGGGCUGUGCAACUCCUCUGCUCCAACUCCUGCCAGUGGAGAAAAGUCCCUCCUGCCACAACUGGAGGGACAAACACAGUCAUACCCUUUGGGCCGGCAGGAGGGAGGUUCAUGUAUUAGGACUUUGGAAGAGCCUGGGUGCAGCUGGAUCAGGCCAACUGCGGGUGGGAUCUAGCCUAGCAUCAUGCUUCUCACACAAUGGCCACCCGAUGCCUCCUGGGAAGCCCACAAGCAAGGCUCCUCUCCUACAUUUGAUCCCCCACCCCCUGAAUCUGGAGGCAUCCUGCCUCUGAUUGUGCAGGUAGCAGUUGGUGCCUCCUUCCAGCUUCCUUGGGGCACAAAGAGUGGUGGCUGGUAGGUCCACUUGCAGGCACUUUCCCCCCGUUGAUACACAGGCAGCUGCUUCUCCCUCUCCUGGAAGGACAUCAUGAUCAGUGUGGAGAGUGCCUUGAUUACCUUCCCCGUCAACUUGCUCCUUGUAUUCAUCUUCCGCCACGCUGAACCACGCAAGAGCCAUGCAAAGCCUGGCCUGGCAACAGCUGUGCCCAGUGCCCCUGCCAGCCCAACAACCCUGGACACUGUGCAUGAGGUAGGGACAAGAGCUCUCCAGGACCCAGGACAUUUUCCCCAUUGUGCCUCCCCUUGGAAUAAGGUCAAGGCUGAGCUGGCAGUGGACAAGAACCCCCACCCGAUCCCCAGCUACCUCUCCCCCAAGCCCCCCAGGAUCCUUCUUGCACCAGUGAACUUGGUCCCAGGGAGAAGUUUUUGCAUUUGCAGAUACAGCAAGCACUGGCUUGCCAGAGAGUUUUCUCUGUGGCACUUAUGGGAUGGCUUUUAAUAGGUAGGAGAGGAUAUGUUAAUGGUAAUUUAUCCCUCCAGGUGCCCACAUUUGUGGGUUGAACAUACAAAGAGAUCAGCUUAUCGCUUCGUUUAAAACACAGGGCUGAGCAGAGUUAAGUCUCAUCCUCAGCAGAAAAAUAGAAAGCAUAGGAAAAGGCUAUGAAGCAUUCAUUAAAUUCAGUCCAGCCACAAAGCAAGCUGGUUGCCCCUUAACAAAGAACCAGACACAGACUGAGAAGUAAGUUUAAAAUAUGUUUACUUACUCAUAGUCAUGCAAUUGUUCUCAGUAGCAACAGCAGUAAAAUAAAUGCAGGCAAAAUACUUAUAUUUACAGUAUGAACAGCUUGAGGCAUGUGGCCAAUGCUGGAGCGAUAGGAUAUAUGUCUGCUCCAUCGCUGGCUGAAGAGAAAAGAGAGAGGGAAGGAACAGGAAAUACUUUGAUUCUUCAUUUCCAAGAGAGGAGGGAAAAUGACCUCACACAGAACCAUCUCUACCAAUUACAUUUCUAUGGUCUGAGUCUCUCUAUCAAUAAUGUGACCCAAUGGUCUUAACCCCUUCACAUGCUAACUCACAAAAAUAUGCAUUGUUAGAUUUGGCUGCAAAUCUCCCACAACACUUCUCCCAUCUGCUACAUCUUCUUGUGCCCAGCUUUGCCCACCUUACCCUCAGCCUGUUGGGUGCAUCUGUGCCCCAGUCGCCUGCCACUCUCCCGUCUACCCGUGCUUGUCUUUCCCUUCCUAGAGCCUGCGUGGGGCAGUGGAGACGCUGAGCAAAGCCAGCAAGCAGAGCCAACAGCUGCUACAUCCCGACAUGGACCUUGAGGAGCUUCUGCAGUGGCUGGCUCGUUUUAUCCACCCUGAUCCUGGGGAGGAAGAGGAGGCAGCAGGUGAGAGCCCAGCCAUGCCUGCCUGCCUGCCUGCCUUGGGCAGCCCUGCUAGACCCCCCCCCAGAGGAUGGUGACGCUAUGGCUUCUGCUUGCAGGGAGGGAGCCCAAGAUCUCCAGUGUGGCGUCCAGUCCUGAUGCGCUACACCAGACCUACUGCAACCGCUACCUCCUCCUGAAGCUGCGGCACAUCUCCCGUCUCCUGGGAGAGCUGGAACUAGGAGUCCCGACAGCCAAGCACCCUCCGGCUCUGCAGCAGCGCGUGGAGGAGAUGGCCAGGCGUCUCGAGCUAGCAAGCCCCAUCCGGUCUCGCUCCAUGUAGGUAGCUCAGACAGGCUCCGUGAGCAGGCAGGGAAGCCUACCCUGCAGAGCCUCCUCCUCAUGCCUUCCUCUUGUUCCUCCACAGCCGAAGGUGGCACUUGCCCUGGUGGGGCGCCUGGGUGGGGUGGGCCCUGCUGGUCUCCCUCAGCGCAGUGGCCACCUUCUUCUCCUUGCUCUAUGGCUUCCACUAUGGCAAGGAGAGCACCGAACGCUGGCUCAUCUCCACUGCCAUCUCCAUGGGCCAGGCCCUCUUCGUCCUGCAGCCCCUCAAGGUACUUCCCAGCCAGGCUGAGCAAACCCAGCAUUCCUGGGGGGCCUUCUCACGGGAGGUCGGGUUACCAGACCUCUAAGUCUGAUCUGAAGUCUUCAGGUUUGCCUAGUACCCUCCAGGUGGCAGGUGAAGGGCUUGAAUCGCUAGAUGGGUGAAAGUUCCAAUGGUGUGUGUGUGUACACAGAAAACUGUGUAUAGAGUGUGCGCACUUUGGACCAGCAGGAGCUGGAUGCAAAUUAUAGCAUAGACACUCUGGGGGACAACCUCCACUCUUCUCCUAAUCAACCUCUGUCUCUAGGACCCUUGUGACUAUACCAGGGUCUGUGCCCCUGACACCACCCGGGGCAGCCCCUAGGUCUCAGGUUUGGGCCCUGACAUGUCAGGGUCUGUGAUACUCCUCAACUGGCAACCUGUAGGAGAGGGGAUACCUCACCAGCAGCAGCAGAAAUCAUGGUGCACAUACUUCUUCCUCAUCUCACGUAUGUGUCUGCCACCUGCCUGCCUGCCUGGGACAGGUGUCUGGCAUUGGAGCACUGCAAACACCCACUGCAUCUCCUCUCUUCCUCCCAUGAAUUUCAAGGGGGUGGGGGAGAAUUUAACCAAAGCACCCUCACACAUACACCAGUUUGUUGUGGUGUUUUAGCACAAAGUGAGGGGCUUGGCUCAUCUGGAGAAAGGGAAGCCUACAGAUGCUCCCUCUAUUUUAUGGAUGGGAGGGGGGCAAAAUGGCUGUGGAUCCUGCCCAUCCCUCUUCUCCCAUGAAAUCCACUGCAGGUGAUAAGUUUUGCCAUCUUCUGUGCCCUGAUAUUGAAGAAAGCAGAGGAUGAAGAUGAGGCAGCCCUGGACCUGGAAGACCGGUAAAGCGAGGAAGUUGGCUUGCAGAAGUGGAAAGGCAGGAUGAAUUGAAGGAGGGAAGGGGAAAGGGGCCUCUCCGGAGAGGAUGGGGUCCUGGACUGCCUCCAAGUAGAGAAGGGCAAAGGUGGCACUGAGAAUGCCCUGCACCAACUGCAGAAAACAAACUCAAGUUCAGAAAAUUCAAGACAGGCGCCAGGCAAGCGGAAGGGUUUUCAGUACUACGUCUGUUCCUUUUUCCACCUCCCAUGAGGGAAGGUUAUGCACACACAGGGAAGAAUCACACCUCUCCACUUUGGCUCGGUAUGACUAGGAGCCCACCUGGACCAUUCCUCUGCUGCUUUGGGUGGCCAGGCAAGGCAUGCAGGCUUGGUGGAGGAAUCCAGUUGCUGGUGUGGGCACCUCUGGUUGCCAAGAGCAGGUAGCCCAGGGCCAGCUCUGGGAGAGGCAGAGUGGCUACACUAAGCAUCUCCUGGGCUUGCUAAACAGGAAGGAAACACAUUGAACUGAAGCCCCUGCAAGAGUAGGACUGGGACUGUCCCCUAUGGAAGGGGAAAAGACUGGGGAGGGACUAAAAGGUGGUGACUGGCAUGUGCACAGUGGGGGUGGAGAGGAGUCACCACCCAGUGGCAGAGCAGCUGCUUUGCAGGCAGAAGGCCCCCUGCCUUCCUAACUCUUGACACUCCCCAUUAAAAAGCUCUAGAGUAGUCUCUUGGCUCGUGGCCUUGAAACGCCACUGCCAGUUAGACUAGAGCAGACAUAUUAGGUUACCGGUAAUUUGACCAUCCUAAGGGACACUGCAGCUCCAGGACUGGGGCCAAGGGAGCAGAAAAUAUGCUGGGAAGCAGUCCUAGGGCCCCAUCCUGACCCACGUCUUUGACCUCUGUGAUUGCAGGCUGUGCUCUCUCCAGUGAUGGGAGGGCAACUUUCUGCGAGGCCACCUUGGCUUUUGCCACGCCAUGUGCCCAAGACCUCCAAUCAGCCUCUCCAACAUGAUGUCACCCACACCUGUACAAAGGCCAGGACCAUCUCUCUGGAGGAACGGGAGGGCACAGUAUGGGAGGGGGACAGCGAAGCCCCAUUCUGUAACCUGCCAAUGGAGCCAACCCUGAACUCACCGAGUGUUGAAAUAGUUGGGAUGCAACUCAGCUUGCUGAGGGUUUGCAUGAGGUUAAAGUGGAUAGAGAAGGGAACCUCCAAGAUUGUCUAACUGCCCUUUGAUCUCUGUGAUGACCUUUCCUUUACUAUUAGACUGAUAUUCUUAGGGUUCCUAACAGUGACCAAACUUCCUGCUUCCCCCUCUUCCUUCUGAAGCUGAAGGAGAGAGGACAUCUAUGGAUGUAUCUCUGCCAAGAGUAAAGAGCAAGCAUGACUCCCUUGUAGCUUUAAGAUUAAUUAGCUAAAACUAGUAACUCUUUUCUAUCCAAGUAUAUAUUUCUUAUAAUAAAUGGAGCUUUAUUAUAUUCCA